AUGUUAUUUAAAAACCACAGCAAUGCAAAGUCCAAUAACGGUGGGACAAAUCCAAACCACCACAACUACUACAGCAACUCAAACCACUGCAGCACCGACGUCGACAGUAUCAGCUUCAACAACUACCACAGUAGCUCAAACCACUACAGCAGCUACAACUGCUACCACACCAGUUACAACAUCGACAACAUCAACUCAGCUACAACUGCUACCACACCAACUACAACAUUGACAACAUCAGCUCCAACGACCACCACAGCUACUGCAACUACAAUAACAUCAGCUCCAACGACCACCACAGCUGCUGCAACUACUGCAACAUCAGCUACAACAACUCUAACAACUACUACAGCAGCUCAAACCACAACCACGACAACAAGUCCAGCUCUUACCACAAUUGCUCCGAUAACUAUCACAGCAGCUUCAACAACUUCCACUCUCAGUUCAAUAAGUACAACAACAGCAACAACAACCACAUCUGGGGCCACAACCACCAGAUCUCUGGCAACUAGAUUUGUUGUUUUCAGAUCCAUUCAGAGCACUUUUACAAAGGACUUGUUGGAUUCAUCAUCUGAAGCUUUUAAGAAUCGCUCUUCAUUAAUAAAGACACAGCUAGAACCUGUUUACAAAAGAGCAUUCGGUUCAUCAUUUGUUGCCUUGGAUGUUGUGAGCUUCAGUCAAGGAUCAGUCAUAAACAACAUGGAACUUCGGUUUGUAAAUUCAUCUGUACCAAACAACACCGAGAUUAGAAAUGUUUUGAACAGUACAGCCUUAAAUGUUACAGACUUUGACAUUGAAUUGGCCUCCAUCAAUGUCAGUGACACAAGUGGGUAA